AGACGCUGUUUGAGAUGAGCUUAGGUAGUUUUUUCAUUCCCACUGACUCACUCUCAUUCCCGCGCUGUCAUCAACAGCUUCCCUCCCACUGCUUAUAUCGGCCCCGCCCCUCUGUUCCCGGUAGACUGCACACACCGCCGUCGCACCGACUUUAAGGAGGUGCGCUUGUUGGCUGUUUACCUUUCACUUAACCGUUUGCCCCCUGCUCAUAUUUCUUCUUCUUCUUCUUCUUCUUCUUCUUUCUAUCGUCAACACUCGCUCCUCGGUGUUUAUCUGCUGUAUGUCUCUAUAUAGUCACUUUAACUGACUUUAUUUACUGGGGGAACCGGAGGAUCGCGGGAGUUGACCCGCUUCCAGAUGGAAUAAUUGCUCAGGCGCUCGAGGACAACAUGACUUUCACUGGGGAGUUCUUUGCCAUCUUGUCAUGCACCGCCAUGAUAAUGCUGCUCCACUGUAAUGCAGAUCCCCUUCCUCCGCCUACAGAUCUGUCAUACGAGUGGCUCGACCCGUUUACUGUGAACGUGUCCUGGUUAUGGCAGAGGCCCAGCAAUCUGCCAAAGGACUGUGAAAUCAUGUAUGAUUUUGAGCCGAACGCCAAGCCUGAUAACCGGAAGCGCAUAGAAUCAAGAAAUGUCAGUUGGAUUUGUCUCACAGGAGUAACAGGUUCUCAGAGCUGCACGUUCACCAUUUAUACCGUCGGCAUUAAAGAGUCAUGUCUGGAUUGGAAAAGCACAUCUGAGAACAUAACCAUCAAAAGCCCAAAGCCACAAGCUAAAGUGGUGGAGGACUUCAAAUGUGUCCUUGACCCCAUGGGAAUGAACUGCUCCUGGAUCCCAGUAUAUCCGGCUUACAAUCUGACGCUCUCCUACAAGACUUAUGGAGUUACUGAGGCAGUUACAAACUCAAAAGACUGUCAUCAAUAUUACAGCAGUGGAAGAAGGAAUGGCUGUUACCUGGAGCUUUCUGAUGAACAACUGUUUAAAACCUACAUUCUUGUGGACAAUGACAUUGGAAGGAGCACAUUUGAAGCCCUCAACACUUCAAUUGUAAUACCUUCACCACAGCUGAACAUCACACAAGACAAGUAUCUUCUCAACCUGAGCUGGGAAACUCCAAAGGUCGGGGAUUUGGAUUGUUGGAUAUAUGUAUUUAACUACACAGAAUGCAACAAGCCCAUGAAAAGCCAGAAGACGACCACGAACACUUACAGUAUACCCUACGAUGAAAACUGCCUCUAUGAGAUCCAAUCCAGAGUCGAGACAAAAACUUGCCUACCAAUAAGGAGCGACUUGAGUGAAGUUGUAACUUAUGGUACUAACCGGCCUCGUGAUGGGACGCUGACCGUGGUUGCCAUUGUCAUCCCCAUCAUCCUGUGCGUCUGCGUCAUCCUGUCCUGCUACUGCUUCAGGAAGCACAGUAACAUCCUCUGCCCCAUCAUACCAGAUCCUUCAGCAAUAUUCAAGGAAAUGAUGAUGAACGGAAACAAAGACCAUAAGACAGGGAGUCUUUACACGCCGGUGCCAGAGCCCGUUGAACCGUGUAAAAUUACGAUUGCAGCGGAAACCAGCGUCCUCCAGCAAAACUCCUGACAUGUACAUGUACACAGCAAAAAGCCUGCAGUCCAACUGGACAGCCGCUCCGGGCGAAUUCUUAUGGAACAUUUACAGGCUGAAAACCUUUGUUUCACUGACCUCCUCCGUUUGAAAGCAUCUGCUGCACAUCUGACAGGAAGUGCGGUUCGUGUGUUCUGUUGUGCCAGUUUUCUAUCGCCAUGUGAGGACUUCAUCUACUAGAGGGCAGCAAAAGCAAGGUUUUCGGCAGCUAUUACAGUUCGUUUUUUUCCUUACAGUUGCCUAAGCACCAUUUUGAAAACAGUUUUUUUCAAAACACUUAACAUAGUUCAUAAAACCAAACAUCCAAAGUGCAAAACUCCUCAUAUAUCCAAGUAAAAUGAAGCACUGCAUUCAGAACUGAAUAAACAAAAACAAAAUUUCAAACACUUCUUUCAUAUUACUACUCAAUUAUUGUUGUUCAUUUGGUCAGUCAAUCAAUCAAUCAAAAGAAAAAACCUUUAUCAAACACGACGAACAGAAAAAAAAUUUGAGGGGAAAAUAUACAGAAAUUUUUUUUAAAAAGACAAAAAAAAAAGAUAGAAAAUAUUUUGGCUGCAUCUCGCCACCUCACUGGGUCUGGCCACAGCGCCUCAUCAAUAUCGGCGAGGGAAGAAUCAUAUCCAGUCCUGGACAGCACCCGCAUCAAUAUCAUCACAUGACUCUUCCACUGCCUGUUGAAGAGCCACAUGGACAUAGGGCUGACAGUCAUACACCUUCCUCCACCGUGCAGAGAAGAACUCAACUGCACUGAGAAAUGGAGAGUAAGGUGGAAGGUACUGAACAAGAAACUGUGGCUGGUCAGCAAAACCUCUUUCGGAUCAGGGCUGAACGAUGGAUUGUUGAUUGUUGAUUGGUCCGUCCAAAAAAAUGUGAGGAUGCGGUCUGUGUUGUAUCGACCAAGGUUGGCAUGGCAACGGAGGACAACGCCAUCUACGUUGCGAACGAUGCGACCGAGAAGCAAUGGACGCAGUACGACUGGUGGAAUCCCCGAGCUGCGCAGAGUGAACGGUGUUCUGGUUACGUACCUGGGCUCAAGCCUAAAUGUGUGGACGACAGAGGUAACAGUAACUAACGUAGCCCCGGACUUCAUCUGAAAGCUGGGCCCUUUUUUUGUCCUCGUCCUCUCCCUCCAGCUCCUCCUCCAUCUCUCACUCUCACCCUCCCUCCACUUCUUCCUCUCACUGCUGCUCCCAUUGUUGUUGUAAAAAUUUACCUUUUUUUUUUUUUUUAUCAUGCUAAUAUCCUGAUAGAUGAGUCAACAAUGAAGCAGUUAGGUGUUUGGCCGGGUGGCAUGUGUAUCGGCCAGCCGGUCCGCAGAUGUGGCAUUUUUUCCAAAUGGCAAACAAAUGACUUCACGUUGGAUUCCUGUGUUUCACAUAGAGAACUGUGUGCAGUGAAUUCCAAAAAGCGCCAUGUUGAAUUGCAAUUUGGGUGCAGAGGUGAAAAUGCGUUGAGAGUCUUGAAAGAUGGGAGCUGAAGUUUUGCUCUGUGAGUGUCAGUUCCAAUCAUUAAGCUUUAUGUCUCAUUUUUGUGUGUUAGCAACUGAAUAAACAAAACUGUAAGUUACUCUCUAAGGAUGGUCCAGGGACACGCUGUGAUGACUGAGUGGGCUACUUCAAGGGGAUUUACUGUCCUACCAGUAAGUGGAGCUGUUGUAUGCCUGGAUAUCCGGUGUACAGAUACAAGACCUGGCAAAGGAAUUACAAGAAAAUGCCCACAUGACUGCCAUCAAGGCAGCCACACAAUAGGCAGGAAGCAAUAGCCUAUGUGGUGGGAAAGUACUGCCUUCUUUCUACUGAGGGUGAUCCCAAGACUAUACUGUACUGUAACCGCCCCCAUAUGAGGAAGAAAGCUUGUUGUCUUGGCAUGGAUCCAAACACUGUCUUAUAUGGAACUGAGGAAAGCGAGUGCAUGGCAAGUAGCACGGACCAGUGCUACUGUCGGUGCUGAGGGAAAAAAAAAACAAAAAAAGGAAAAGAGACUUCACCUCGCCAGUGAAAUUCAAUUGAGAGGUGUGGCUACGGUGGAAUUCUGAAUAUCUAAUCUUGAGAAAAAUCUUAGCAUCCUCAUUUUUACUUUAUCAUCUCCAGCAACUCAUUAUUAUCAAAAGGAAUUACACUUUGUCAUCAGUCAGGAAAUGAACCUGACCUGCAUGAACUUUGCUGGCAAAACGCUGAUAUUUCUGACGUCAGCGUCUAGAUACCAAAUGUCCUGUAUAUUUAGGAUGCUAAUAACAACUUUUUCUUACAAGAAUUAAUGUGACUUGUCUCUUGUCUCACCUGUAUUGUUAAGAAGCGUUUUCGACCUUUGUACACAACCUUUUGGACAGAAAAACAAAGAUACAUAGAAUUGUGAAAGCAUCUGAGCAUACAUUAAACUUAUUACAACAUG